AUUAGCGACACUUCAUCUCCUUGCGUGCCUUGGUACCGUGAUUCUCUCUUUUGCAUUCUCACACUUAGAGCAUCAUGGCAAAACGCUUCUCAACCGCAGAUGUCGCGUCGCAUAAGACGGCGAGCGACCUGUGGAUUAUUGUAGAUGAAGAUGUCUACGACCUGACCAACUUCCAGGAGGAGCAUCCAGGAGGCAAGAAGAUUCUCCAGCGCGUUGCCGGAAAGGACGCGUCAAAGCAGUUCUGGAAGUACCACAACGACAGCAUCCUGAAGAAGUACCAGAAACUGCAGGUCGGUUCGCUAGAUAGCAAGGCUGCCCCCCCAGCUCCUCCCGCGACCUCUGCGGUUGAGGUCAAGAAGGAGAAGAAGGAUGUGGUCAAGCCCGAGGCAAACUCCGGAGUUGUAGCGCCCAUGCCUUCUGAGGUCGCUGCCGAGGAGAGCGAGCCAUUUGACGCAUACGGAGAUCUCAUUCCAUACGCGGACCCGUCAUGGUACCAAACAUACCACUCCCCCUACUACAACGAGACUCAUGUUGCGCUCCGCGACGAAGUCCGCCAAUGGGUCGAAGAGAAGCUCAUGCCCAACGUAACCGACUGGGACGAAGCGAAGAAGGUCCCCGACGAGAUCUUCCUUGAAAUGGGCGAACGCGGAUACCUCGCUGGUAUGCUCGGCAUCCAAUACCCCAAAGACUACACCGACCUGAGAGUCAAGUGCGUACCACCGGAGAAGUGGGAUCAUUUCCACGAGAUGAUCAUCACCGAUGAGCUGUCGAGAACCGGUAGUGGUGGUCUCGUCUGGGGCUUGAUCGGUGGAUACGGAAUUGGUGGACCGCCUCUCUUCAAGUUCGGCAAGAAGGAGCUUAUCCAACGAAUUGGUCCGGAUCUGCUGAGCGGAAAGAAGAGGAUCUGCUUGGCCAUUACCGAGCCUGAUGCCGGUAGCGACGUUGCAAACCUUACCUGCGAGGCCAAGCUCUCCGAAGACGGCAAGCACUACAUUGUCAACGGCGAGAAGAAAUGGAUCACAAACGGUAUCUGGUCUGACUACUUCACAACCGCCGUCCGCACUGGUGGCGAAGGCAUGAACGGUGUCUCUCUCCUUCUCAUCGAGCGCAGUGCCGGCGGCGUAUCGACACGAAAGAUGGACUGCCAGGGUGUAUGGAGCAGUGGAACAACAUACAUUACCUUCGAGGACGUCAAGGUCCCCGUCGAAAACGUCAUUGGCAAAGUAAACCAGGGUUUCAAGGUCAUCAUGACGAACUUCAACCACGAGCGCAUCGGCAUCAUCAUCCAAUGCCUCCGCUUCGCCCGUGUCUGCUACGAAGAAAGCGUCAAAUACGCCCACAAGCGCAAGACGUUUGGCAAGCGUCUCAUCGACCACCCCGUCAUCCGACUCAAACUCGCACACAUGGCCCGCCAAAUCGAAGCCAGCUACAACUGGAUGGAGAACCUCAUCUUCCAGUGCGAGAAGAUGAACGACAUGGAAGCCAUGCUCAAGCUCGGCGGCGCCAUUGCCAGCUUAAAGGCUCAGAGCACAACGACCUUUGAGUUCUGCGCCAGGGAGGCCAGUCAGAUCUUCGGUGGCCUGAGUUAUAGUCGCGGUGGUCAGGGUGCCAAGGUUGAGAGGUUGUAUAGGGAUGUUAGGGCUUAUGCUAUUCCUGGUGGAUCAGAGGAGAUUAUGUUGGAUUUGAGUAUUCGGCAGGCGCUUAGGGUACACAAGGUUUUGGGUAUGAAGUUGUAGAGUAUGUUAGCAGUGGCAUAAAGUCCAUGCUCGCUUGUAUCAAUACAUGUUCAAACCAAGUUGU